AUGGCCAAUAAAUAUGAUGUGCAAAGGUUUCUUGAGAAAAAGUAUGCACAUAGUCAGUCUUACUAUUACUCCAAAACUCUAAAUGAUUUUGUGAGUUCUGCCAGAACCCCUGAUGUGAUUGGGUUCUAUUAAGUUAUGGCCUAUAGAGAGGAUUCCGAAUAUCUGAAGAGAUUCUAUUGCUUAAGUAAGUAUGCAUCAUCAAAUAUUCUCAUUAGGUGAGUUGUUCCAAAAGCUUCGUCUCUUUACUGAAUACUACAAAUAUCACAAUGAGAUACCUAGAUUCUUCAUGCCAUAUUUAUGCGAGAUCAUGAGCAAGUAUUAUAUUCAUAGACAUAGAUCAGUUAUCAUGAUAAGAGGAGAAGGAUUGAAUAUUAUAGGAUCAAGAGAAUAAUCGAAGAAGAAAAUAGAAAUAACCCCAAUAAACCAAAAAAGGCCAUUGUUGGAGACUCACCUUAAGAUGCUAUUCCUACAUCUCCCAAACUCUAAUAAGUGUAUAGCAAGAUCCUAUCUGGAAUUUAGGAUGCUUCAACAACUAUUGAAACCAUUAAUAAUAAAUUGAAUGCAUUAUAAAUAAAUGUUGGUGAGUUAAAUCUUUAGCCAUCUAAUCGAGAAUAAGAAUAGUUACAAAAUUUCAUUUAAUUUAUGGUAGACAAAUAAAAACUGAAGACUAUCACUCAAUAUGUGUAAUUAAACUCGCCUAAAACUUAUAAUAAACUUCCAAUUGGAGUUAGUUAACAGACUAUAAAACAAAUUAUAUCAAGAACUUAGAAAAAUUAAUAGACUUUUCAUUUGUCACCAAAGACAGGAUAAGAUGUCUAAUUUUAAGGGGGGGCCUAUACUUAAAGAAUCCUUAAAGAUCCUUUAUAGAAGAUGCUCACUCCUGCAUAAAUAUACACGAUGCAUUCCCCAUUAAAUCAUAAUCAUAAUAACACAGCCAUUCAAUUGAAAUCGAAGUACAUAUGAAUUUAAGGUAGAAUAUCUUCAUCGAAAAACAAAUAAUAGAGUCUCUCCUUGUCUAAGCAAUUUAAAAUAAGCGAUGCAAUACGUUUACCUUUACGAAUGCACCAACAUACUAGGUCUGAUGUUCGCUUUUACAGAAAAUGA